GCUGCAGUCGUUUUUGUACCCACUCUACGAAAAUACAUACAGAUCUCUCCGUUGUUGUCUCCAUCGAGCACCGGGUAUCACUGCCGCUGUUGUUGUAGUGUGCGAUUUGAAAGGUUUGUGCAGACGACGAUAGAUUCCGCUUGCUAACAGAAUCUUGGGACACCAUGGCAUCCUCAUUGGGCAAUUUACGGCGACUCCUUGACCAGACCUCUCUGAUCAACCUCUCGAAGCCUGCUAAUACGAUGCCGCUGUCGGUUAAAAGCUUAGCUGACUUCCUAGACAGACGUAACGUGUACUGCGCUGGAGAAUAUAGAAAAACACGGAGUCGAAACUCGUCCAGGAAUCAGGCUAUUGGUUAAAAACGUGGAAGUAUUUGAGCAUGAGCACUGGCUGGACCCGGUUUUGCAGCCAGCACAAAAGAAUAAGCAUUGAGAGUUGGUUGGUUCGAUCUAACGAACUACCUGCUGCCAGCUGGCAAAUAGCAAAUGCAAAUAUCAUAGAACGUGAACGGGUCAAAUAAGUUCACAUUAGCAGUCGAUAACCAUUUCUAACUGUAUACAUUCUUAACCAAUAUGAUUAUCACGUUCCUUCUAAAGGCAUGCGAGUACAUCAUGCAGUAACCGAAUAGUCGUACAUCCUUUAGCGUAUAUAUUAUUGAAACAAUAGUGGCUGCAAGUAUAGUAUUCGGCCUUGUCAUGCUGGAAACAUGACACAACAGUGUAAUCGUUAUUACGGAGCCCAGAAGCUAACGUGUCCUACAGAAAUCGAUCCGAACGUGGUGAUCCCGCGCAACUUCAGACUCCUUGAAGAACUCGAACAGGGCCAAAAAGGAGUCGGCGACGGGACCAUUUCCUGGGGUCUUGAAGAUGAUUCCGACAUGACAUUGACACAUUGGAACGGUAUGAUUAUUGGUCCAGCUCGAUCUCCGUUCGAAAACAAGAUGUAUUCAUUGAAGAUUGAAUGUGGUCCCCAAUACCCAGAAGAACCGCCAUGUUUUCGCUUUGUAACGAAAAUUAAAAUGGCUGGAGUAAACGAUACAACUGGGGUUGUUGAUCGGCGAAGCUUAGCUUCCUUAUCCCGGUGGCACAGAACUUACUCUAUUAAGACGGUUCUCCAGGAGCUCCGUCGGUCAAUGACCGCCAAGGAGAAUAGUCGCCUUCAACAACCUCCCGAAGGAGCCACCUUUUAAUACGGUCCGUUUGAGCUGCUAUUAUUAGGGAUGAGACCGAACAUCAUUUUGACCGAUAGAUGAUGCUACUGACGAUAUAAUAUUUACUCCGGCGCUGGAUAAUAGACGGCGGUGGACAUAAAGAAAAGUUUAAAGUUACGAUACAAGCCUCUUAUGUAUUGGUAUUGUCCUGGUUUCACGCUAGUGGAAAAAGGAAUAUCAGGGCCUUCCAAAAUUAGAAGCAGACCUGAGUACGCGCGAGUGUUCGAAAAUACAGCAGUGGACACUAAAGAAAAAUCAGAAUACACACGCCCAAUAAUAACAAAAAUAACCAAUAUAAAGGACAGUAACACUGCGUAUAUAUA